AUCUUUUCUGUGAGUUUCAUCAUCUGUAGUCUUUACCAGCUACUGUGGUUUAAUUAAUAACAAAGAAGAAUCAUUAACUAGAAGAAAAUGUCAAGUCUAAAAAUGAAAGAGGCAGCACUUAUCUAUCUAGACAGAAGUGGAGGGCUCCAAAAGUUUAUAGAUGAUUGCAAGUACUACAAUGAUUCCAAACAAAGUUAUGCUGUCUAUCGAUUCAAUAUUUUAGUAAAUCCCUCUGAUGUUGUUGAAUUAGAUGCUGAACUUGGAAAUCACAUUUUACAUCAGCCUUUAAAAGCUGCUCAAGUUUUUCAAUCAGUCUGUUUUACUGCUGUUCAGACUCUCUCAUUAAUUGGACAAUUACAGACUGAAACUCAAAUUAAUAUAGUGCUGAAGUUAACACAUUUACCUCCUCUGCCAAGUUAUAGUCUUAAUUUUUGUGAGUUUCCAUUUGAUUAUACAUCUCAAAGAUUUUAUAUGAUGCAAGGAAUUGUGAUCGCAAUGACAACUGUAACCAAGUAUACACAAGGUGCAAGAUUUCUUUGUUCAGAUGAAGCAUGCCUUCUUUCAAAAGGAUUUCAGUAUAUAAGAGUGCACGUGCCUGGCGCUACAGAAUCUGCAACAGUAAGAAAUGACUUUUUGUGUAAUCUGUGUUCCUCUCCACUUCAAGAAGACAGAAAAUUUAGAGUACUUGGUGAUAAACAGAUAGUUGAAAUAAUUACUACAAAGGCACUUCAUGCUUUUCAAGGAUAUUCUAACAACCAGCCAUUUAGGUUUCAAUCUCUUACAAUUUUCCUAAGAGACGAAUCAGUGAAUAAAAUGAAUAUAGGAAAUGAGUAUAAAAUUAUUGGAAUUCCAACCUGUGUAAAAACUUUACAAACUUCUGUCUGUAUAGAGGCAAAUAGCAUCACUUUUUGCAAUCCAAAAGUUCCUUCAGGAAUUAGUGACAAUUUCAGGUGUCUCCUCUCUUUGACUGCCAGCUCAUGCUGGAAGUUUACAGCAAUACUUACCAGUACCUUUGCAUCACACAUUGUUCCUCCUGGGACUUACAAUUUGCUCAAGCUGUGUUUGCUGAUGAGUCUAGUACAGACAAGGGACUUUAACAAGGAAGUGGAAGAUUGCCUGGACAUUUUAAUUGUAACAAGUGACUCUCUACUUGUAGACAGGCUUUUGAAUUUUAGUAUAAACCUUGUGCCCCGUGGUGUACGUCAUCCAGUCUCUACUGAAAUUUUUCCUACUCUGUCCAGGAAUAACUAUGGAACUGGAGCGGUUAGCAUUCAAGCUGGCAGUGCUUUGCUGGCUAAAGGUGGUAUCUGCUUUAUAGGAGACUUGGCUUCACAUAAAAAAGAUAAACUCGAACAACUUCAAUCAGUUAUGGAAAGCAGAAGCAUUACUGUAUAUAUUCCUGGAAAGAAGUCUGGGGAUGAUAUCGAUCAACAAAUGACUUUUCCAAUUCAGUGCAGUUUCUGGUCUUUCGUUGAUAUGGAUUCAUCAUCAAGGAAAAGUAUGCAGAAAACCAACACUCUAAUUGGUCAGAUGGAUUGCAGUUUAAUUCCAGCUAAUCUUGUAGAGGCAUUUGGAUUAUUGAUUAACUGUAAUGAAUCAUCUCCUUGCCACCCAUUUCUUCCUAUUGUGCAACAUACUUUAAAGAAAGCCAUUGAUCCUGAAGGGCUGCUUUAUUUAGCUUCUAAACAGUUCACAACAGAAGAUUUUGAAAAGCUGCUGGCUUUUGCAAAGAAUUUGAAUGUAGAAUUCAGCUUGGAGGCAGAAAGAAUGAUUCAUGGCUAUUAUCUAGCAAGUCGUAGAAUCAGAACUGAUUCUAUAUGUGGAUCAAAACUGUCAGCAUCUGCAUUAAAAUAUUUAGUUUCCCUAUCUGAAGCCCAUGCUCGACUAAACUUAAGAAAUAAAGUGCUUAAAGAAGAUGUACUAAUUGCAGCCUUAUUGUUUGAAACAUCUCUCACAUUGAAAUAUGGGGCCACUGUAUUUUGUGUUGCUCCAAAUGCAGUAUUUCCAUUUGAACUAUAUAAUGAAGAAUAUUUAGAACAAAGGGACAUCUAUCUGGCUCAGUGCCAAGAACAGCUCCUACAGUUUAUUGCUACAUAUGGACCUGGGACGGCUUUUUUCUCUAGUGAUGAAUAGACAAUCUGAGAAAAAAUUUCAUUUCUACUUCAGCCAUGGAAAAAGUAUGAUUUUGAAGUAAUGCUUCAGCUAAUGCUGUGUAUAGAAGUACAUUAGAAGGCCUCCUUAAAAAUAUAGUUUCUUUAAAUUAAUUGCUAAUAAACACUAAUUCAAAUCUCAAAGCUAAUAGCAAAUUUAAAACUUAGGAGAAUUCUAUGAAAAACAAAAAACAAACAAACAAAAAACCAUGGCUAAUCCAGUAUACCAGUGGGUGACAGAUUGAAAAGAAAGUCAUUCACUUUAUCACUAUUUUAACAUUGCAAGUUAAGCAAUGU